GGGCGGGCGACCAUAGAGUUCCAGCCCGGACACACCCGGAGAGUCCACUCACAGGAGCCUGGGGGCGGAGCCUGGGCGGAAGCGGAAUCUAGUGAGGAAAGGACUGAGGCUAGGUCGUUCGCAUGCGCCAAUCGUCAUUGUUUACUUCCGCCCGGCCUAGCGAGGCGGGGAAGUGUGUGCACGUGUGAUGGGGUGCUCCGCGUCCUUCGCAGAGGCUACCUUAACUGGUGGUUGGGGUGGACAUUAGAGGAGGAUGAGGGGACCGGCGAUGGGGCUGCCCCCGCGGCUGGCGCUGUCAGUGUUGGCCGGCCGCGGCCCGUCUUGCAUUCUAGGGUCCGCAGCGGCGACGCGGAAGGACUGGCAAGCGAGGAACCGCCGUGGCUUCUCUGACUUCUGCAUGCAGCCGUUGCCUGAUUCUGAUUUGGAGGAGUCGCCCUCGUGGACAUCCAAGAAUCGAUCGGAGCCUACGCGUCACGUAGCAUGUAAGAAAUUGGCCAGGAACCUGGUACGAGACCUGCUGGAGAACCAGAACCCAUCCCGUCAACUUAUAGUAGAGUGCAAUCCAGGUCCUGGAAUCCUGACUGGGGCAUUACUUAAAGCUGGUGCCAGAGUGGUUGCCUUUGAAAGUGAAAAGACUUUUAUUCCACAUUUGGAGUCCUUAAGGAGGAAUGUGGACGGACAGCUCCGAGUGGUUCCCUGUGACUUCUUUAAAAUGGAUCCUAGAUAUCAAGAAGUAUUAAGACCAGAUAUGAGUUUACAGACAAUUUUUCAGAACCUGGAAAUAAAAGCAGCCCCUUGGUCAGCAGGUGUUCCUAUAAAAGUAUUUGGAAUCCUACCAAAUAAACAUGAAAGACGAAUACUCUGGAAAAUUCUGUUCGACCUGUACUCCUGCGAAUCUAUAUACAGAUAUGGACGAGUAGAACUGAAUGUAUUUGUUAGUGAAAAUCAAUUCCGGAAACUAAUAGCGACUCCUAAAAGGCCAGAUUUAUAUCAAGUACUGGGUGUUCUUUGGCAAGUGGCCUGUGAAAUUAAGUUUCUGCACAUGGAACCUUGGUCGUCAUUUAGUGUGCAUACAGAAAAUGAGCACUUAGAAGAGUCAAAGCAUGGGGAAUCAUUAAAGGUACUGAAACAAAACCUAUAUCUUGUUCGAAUGACUCCUCGUAGAUCUUUAUUUACAGAAAACCUAAGUCCUUUGAACUAUGAUAUAUUUUUCCACUUCGUAAAGCAUUGCUUUGGGAAACGCAGUGCCCCAAUAAUACACCAUUUACGUUCAUUGAGUACGGUUGAUCCAAUUCAUAUACUGAGGCAGAUAAGAAAAAACCCUGGAGAAAUAGCUGGUAAAAUGUAUCCUCACGACUUCAAAAAACUUUUUGAAGCUGUAGAGCGUUCGGAAGACUCUGUCUUUAAGUGGAUCUAUGAAUACUGCGCAGAGGACGUUGAGCUCUAGGGAGAGUCGGCAAGCCAUGAAGUGGAGCUCUUUGUUCACUACUUUGAAACCAUGUGACAAAUGAAGACUGAAUUUCAAGAAGUUCAUGUCCUUUUAAUAGAAGAGAAACUAUCCUUGUUUGGCACAAGUGAGGCGAAUAGUUUUUUCUCAAGUUGAUACCUAGGAUACAGAGGAAAAACAGUGGCUGCAGUUUUAUUCAAAGUUAAAUAAAAUGAAAACUUGUCAGUUUGAUCAGAUCAAAUUUGCUUUGUUUUAAAUCACCUUUUGCUGCAGAUCAGUGGUAGAGCACAUACCCAGUGUGUCCAAGGUUCCGGUUUUGCUCCCCACCACAGGAAAGUUUUUAAAAAUUUCUACUUAUUGUAAAGGCCCAUAGGAAUGGAGUAUUCCCAAUUGUAAUUUAGUUUACUUUAAAAAAACAAACAAAAACAAAAAACAACCUUUGGGCCAAACAUCUUUAAGUAUGCACUUUUCACCAUUGCCACUUGCUUGCAUCUUCCUCCAGUUUCUAUACUGUUACACUUAGGAAAGAAAUUGAUUUGGACAGACAUAGUGGUGUGAGUCCUAGGAAUUGUAAGGUAAGGGGCACAUGAGUUUAAUGCCAGUUUCCACUGUAAAGCUGAGUUUGAGGUCAGUUUGGGCUCAGAGAAGACCCUGUCAAAGAAAACAAAACAGAAUGUAAACUUAUUUCAGAAAGUGACUAGUUUAUCUUUUAUUAUGUUGAAGUGGAUUAUUAAGUAACUAUGCAAUUCAAUUGUUUAAAUUUUAAAUUGUAUGUUUUAAAACUUUUUGAGAAAUAAAGAAUUUAUGUAUA